GGGAGGAGAUGUCGAGCACGUGGUCCACAGCAGUGGAGAGGCCUCAGAGCCGGGCGCAGCGGUCCAGAAGCACAGGCGAAGCAGGCUCCGGACGUAGGGAUGAGUGUGGCGCGGGUCGCAGGCCCGGUGCUGGCCGUGCUGCUGCUUCUGGCGUCGGUAUUGAGUGCCACAAUGCUUGCCCCUGGCGACUCCUGGGAGCCAGAUUUAGAAAAAAACAAACAUGUGGAACUGAAGAUGGAUCAGGCUCUGCUACUCAUUCAUAAUGAACUGCUAGAAACAAACUUGGCUGUCUACUGGAAGUCUGAAUAUUGUUAUUGUUGCUUGUUUCAGUUUCUGGUAAAUGUUUCUCAUGGUGGAAAACCAGGGAAGCCAAGCAUCGCAGCUGUCUCUCUUAGUACCCAGCAUGGAUCCAUUCUACACAUUAAUGAUAGCUUGGAAGAGAAAGAAAUUUGUAGGCUAGAAUACAAAUUUGGAGAGUUUGGAAACUAUUCUGUCUUGGUAAAGCACACCAGCAAUGGAGUAGGUGAAAUUACCUGUGACCUUGUAGUUAAUAAGAAUCCGGUUGACAGUAACCUUCCUGUAACUAUUGCAUUCCUUGUUGGUUUAGCAUUCAUCAUUGCAAUAUCCUUCCUAAAGCUUUUGAUGAGUUUGUAUGACUUUAAUAAUUGGAUUUCUAAGGCAAUGAAUUCCCGAGAAACAGAUCAUCUUAUCAAUUCUGAGCUCGGAUCCCCAAGCAGGGAAGACCCUCUCAGUGCUGUCUGCCAAUCAGAAACACGACACCUGCCUACCCUGCCACACCGUCUCUGCUCUGUGGACACAUUCAGAGGGAUAGCUCUUACCCUCAUGGUAUUUGUUAAUUAUGGAGGAGGAAAAUAUUGGUACUUCAAACAUUCAAGUUGGAAUGGACUGACAGUGGCUGACCUUGUAUUCCCAUGGUUUGUAUUUAUUAUGGGAUCUUCAGUUUUUCUAUCAAUGACUACUAUAUUGCAACGGGGAUGUUCAAAACUCAGAUUGCUGGGGAAAAUUACAUGGAGGAGUUUCCUAUUAAUUUGCAUAGGAAUUUUCAUUGUGAACCCCAAUUAUUGCCUUGGUCCCUUAUCAUGGGAUAAGAUGAGAAUUCCUGGUGUUCUACAAAGGUUGGGAAUGACUUAUUUUGUGGUUGCUGUGUUGGAGCUCCUCUUUGCUAAACCUGUACCUGAAAAUUAUGCCUUGGAGAGAACUUACUCUUCUCUUCAAGACAUUACUUCUAGCUGGCCUCAGUGGCUUUUCAUUCUGAUAUUGGAAAGUGUUUGGCUGGGAAUAACCUUCUUAUUACCUGUCCCUGGGUGCCCCAUUGGGUAUCUUGGCCCUGGAGGCAUUGGAGACUUGGGGAAGUAUUCAAAUUGCACUGGAGGAGCUGCUGGCUACAUUGACCGCUUGCUUUUGGGACAUGAUCAUCUUUACCAACACCCAUCCUCCACUGUGCUUUAUCACACUGAGGUGGCCUAUGAUCCGGAAGGAAUCUUAGGGACCAUAAACUCCAUUAUGAUGGCAUUUUUAGGAGUUCAGGCAGGAAAAAUAUUAUUGUAUUAUAAGGAUCAGACCAAAAGCAUCCUCAUUAGAUUCACUGCAUGGUGUUGUAUUCUAGGGCUUAUUUCUGUUGCUUUGACAAAAGUUUCUGCAAACGAAGGCUUUAUUCCAAUAAACAAAAAUCUUUGGUCCAUUUCAUAUAUCACCACAUUGAGCUCUUUUGCAUUCUUCAUCCUCCUGGUGCUCUAUCCUGUUGUUGAUGUGAGGGGACUGUGGACAGGAGCCCCAUUUGUUUAUCCAGGAAUGAACUCUAUUCUGGUGUAUGUCGGCCAUGAGGUGUUUGCGAAUUAUUUUCCUUUUCGGUGGAAGCUAGAGGACAAGGAGUCACACAAAGAGCAUCUGACUCAGAACAUAGUUGCCACUGCUCUCUGGGUGCUCAUUGCCUACAUUCUCUAUAAAAAGAAGAUAUUUUGGAAAAUCUGAUAGUGACUGCUGAAGUAUUGAUACAUCCCUUCAGAAAAUCAUCAGUGUUAAUGUCAACAAUGUGGAAACCUAUAUUUCCAGAUUAUUGUGGAAGAUGCUGAUGUUCUCAAGCCAUUUUAUUAUUAUAUAUGUUCUGCCUGUGUAUUUGUGACUUAAACAUUGGGAAUGUUAAGAUCUUUUUUUUUCUCCAUCUUACAUGAAAUAAAUACAUUUGGAACUUCA